UUAUCAGAUGCAUUAUAAUAAUUGAUUUCAAGUGUAGCAGCGCAGGGCGCGCUAAUGGUGGAGGUGUCAUAAGCACCGUGUGUACACUGCACGAGACGCGACACAAUUAGAACAUCCCAAUUAUAAUCACAGAUAAUAAUCUUCUCGCGCUGGCAUUGUAGCUUCGUUUAAUAUAAAUGGGAGAGUUGUUGUUUUGUCUAUUCAUGUCGCUCGCUUGUAAUGUAAACGGGGUGUUACAGCCUGGUGGCUUGUGUGUAGUUAGCAUUAGCUAGUUAGCUUUAGUGAUGGGAAAUCCGAAUCGUUUCUGCGAAUCGGUUCUUUUGGAGAGUUCGUCAAAAAAAGAAAACCUGGGUUAAGUGAUUCAGAUAUUACGUACGCUGUCACGUAAUUGCGUCAUCUAUUUUUAUGGUCACUAUUUUGCCAAAUUGUGAUUAUUAAUGAAGUAGCGUGUCUUAUUUCAGAUGUUUUUUUUUUAUAUUUAAAACCUUAAAAUUUUUUACAUUCUUUUACAUGAAAAUGUUUUACUAACGUUUUUGCACGUGUUGAUAAAGAUGCCAUACAAUCGCAUAGUAAACAUAUCUACAGUACAUUUUAAUUGUAACAUGUCCGCUAUUUAACUAUUAACUUACAGUAGUUUUACGUUUCGGUUAAUUCGAAAUGCUCUUAACUGUCAGUUCUUUAAUUCAGCCAGAUUCGUGGACGAAUCGUUCGGAUUGGUUUUGUGAAUCGGUUUAACCAAUAUGCAAAGAUCCGAUUCAAAAGAACGAUUCGUUAACGAAUCGGACAUCGCUAGAACCUUUUAAACGAAACAGCGCGCCAGGAGUUAGUCAAAUCCUCCGAAUUGUUAUUCUUUCGUUAAAACGCUUGUUAUGGCUUUAUUACAUUCUAGUGUGGCGUAAUUUUAUUGUAUAGAUUAUCCUGGAAUGACUUACAGAUGAAACGCAUGCUAUCUUGUGUAUGUGCUGAUGUGAUAAAGCUUUUGGGUUGAAGCGGCAAGCGGGUUUAAUUUAGCGGAAAUGUUCUUUAAACAGGGAUGAUCUCAGACAAUAGUCAAAUGAAAGCAUCUUAUCAAGUAAUCAUCAUAUGCACAUUAUGCAAUCAGUUGAAGCCAGCAGGCCUCUGUGCUGCAAUGAAGUCUGGAUUCCUGUCAUCUGUCAAGAGACUACAACAUUUCAAAUGCAAAGUUUGGGAGGAAAUCUUUUAAUUAGUGGUUUUAUGAAGUGACACAGGAAGUAAUUGCUCUAAAAUGGGGGACGAUCGACCUUUUGUCUGCACUGCCCCGGGCUGUGGACAGAGGUUCACCAACGAGGACCAUUUGGCAGUGCACAAACACAAGCAUGAGAUGACGCUGAAAUUCGGACAAGUUAGAACAGACACCGUUAUCAUAGCAGAUCAGACACCCACUCCCACUAGAUUUCUCAAGAAUUGUGAGGAGGUGGGUUUGUUUAGUGAGCUAGCUGGCUCCUUCGAGCAAGAUCUCCGCAAAACACAGGAGGAGGAGGAGAGGAGGAUUAAAGGCACGCUUCCAGCUCUACAAACACCUACAGAAGUUAAAGAGAGGGAGGGGCCUCUUGAGAUUGACUCCUCCCCUCCAGACAGCCCUGACUCCGCCUCCAGCAUGACAAACAGCAAAGAUUCAGUUGCCAUGGCAAAAGAGCCUAGUGCCAUGAGGAAAGCCAAGGAUGUUCCUCCACGAACUGCAGCAAGUUCCACCCCUACACCAACCAUAGUGCGUCCAGGCUUUCUCCCACUUCACAAAGGUUUCGACUCCCUGAACCCAACUCAGCCAUCUCCCACCUCUGUUAUCACUAGGACCCCUCCAUCAAACAGACUCAGCUCGCCAUCUGGUUCUUUUCCUAUGCUGAUGCAGCUUCCAAAUGGUCAGACUGUUCCUCUGCUGCCCAGUCCAGGGCAGACUUCAGUCAUAUCGCUUGCUAGAUCAUCAAACCCAGUGCCCAAUAUCCCAGGGAUUCCUGGCCCUCCUAUUGGUGGAAGCAGCAGUGGCUCCUCCUCUCCGUCUGGAUACAGUACACACUCUGAUGCCAAGACGAGGCUAAAAGCAGCACUAACUCAGCAGAGUCCUAGUGGACCAGCACCAAUACAAAAAACAGAUCAGACUGAGACACCAUCACCUGCUCAACCACAGGUAUCCCCUGCUCCACCAAAAGGAGGCCGCAGACGACGAGGGGCAGAUAUUGAGCCAGAUGAGCGCAGGCGCCGUUUCCUUGAACGAAACAGAGCUGCUGCUUCCCGUUGCCGGCAAAAACGGAAAGUGUGGGUCAGUGCCCUGGAGAAACGCGCUGAGGAGCUAGCUACUUCUAACGUCACGCUUACUAAUGAAGUGUCUGUGUUGAGGACUGAGGUGACCCACCUGAAGGAGCUGCUGUUGGCCCAUAAGGACUGCCCUGUUACUGCCAUGCAGAAAAAAGCAUAUAUCGCUGCAGGAGUGGAUGAGAGUUCAGCAUCGGCGUUGGUGAUGCCUGUGUCAGUACCGGCUCCGGUGUCGGUUAAUGGUCUGAGUGUGCGUGCCGCAGAGGCUGUUGCUGUUUUAGCGGGAAUGGGCUCGGGCCAGUGGAGUAACUCAGCUGGAGAUGCUUCCUCCCAUUCGCAACCCACAUCCAGAUGAUGAGCAUGUCGUUCAGCCAAUGGGAACUAAAUAUACUUUUAAAAGAGCGAAUCCCCCUUUCCCCUAAAACUGUCAGUCCUGGUGUUUUUGACAAAGGUACUCAUUUGACAAAUGGGAACGAAUGUUACCAUGCUCUGACCACACCCUGCUCACCCUUAGCCUAUCACAGACUCUCCCCCGGGCUAAGUAGUGACAUCAUAGGACUCCCCUUUUGGACUGCACAGACUAGGAAGCACUGCAGUGGAAAUGAAGUCUCUUCGGUGAUCUCUAUAAAAUAUACCUUUACAUAUACUUGUAUAGAUCUUCUCACUAAUGCAUUGAGUUGAUAUUUGUCUCGUUUGCAGAUAUUUCUACUUAUUUUGCUUUUUAUUCAAUGGUCUUUAUAAUAUGUGAGCCUGGACCACAAAAUAGCUAUAGCCAAAAAAUACAAUGUAUGGGUCAAAAUUAUAGAUUUUUAUUUUAUGCCAAAAAUCAUUAGGACAUUAAGUAAAGAUCAUGUUCCAUGAAGAUAUUUAGUCAUUGUUUUAUUGUAAAUCUAUCAAAACCUAAGUUUUGAUCAUUAAUAUGCAUUGCUAAGUACUUCAUUUGGACAAAAGGCGAUUUUUCUCGACAUUUUUGUUUUUGUUUUUAUUAUUAUUUUUUUUACACCCUCAGAUUCCAGAUUUUCAAGUAGUUGUAUAUCAGCCAAAUAUCGUCAUACCCUAACAAACCAUACAUAAAUGUAAAGUUUAUUUAUUCAGCUUUCAGAUGAUGACUUGUUUUGUGGUCCAGGGUCACGUACAGUAUAAUGAUUUGUUGCAUGAUUCUGGCCACAUUAGAAAGAUGAUUACUACACUAUGCAGAUAAGUUGAACACCUUUCUCUGUCUUUUUUGGUGUCACUAUCUCACACAUACUCACUCUUACCAUUUCUCCCAGUUUCCCUUUCUCUCUCUUCCUCUUCGUCUUAAUUUUACUGUUGUAUCUAAAGAAACUUCUCUCAGGUUUGUGCUUCUGUGGCUGUUUUGGUGACAUUUAGCGUAAUCUGGCACUGAAGAAUGGGCUCACAAAAGCUGAAGAAUGGAGAGAAAAUAUAUUUUUAUAUUUGAAUAUCGUUAUUGGUUUGACUGCAUUUGCUAUAUAUGUGUAUGUGUGUGUGUGUGUGUGUGUGUGUGUGGAAUAUAACGGGUAGCGUAACCAUGUGGACAUGUUUUAGAUCAGUAUGAUUAUAAUAUGCUCUGCUGAAUAAUAGGUAUCUUUAACCAAAAUGCAUAAAUCUUUUGUAUUUAGGUUAGACCCCAAAGUUUAAGUGCAUCUGGUCUUAUAACAGGGAACAUGCACAAAAAAAACUCACUCGUAAUGACUCUUGUGCUUGCAUUUUGUGAAUGUACAGUAGUUAACUAACCCGGCUAUGAAUGUGAAGUUUUGUUUCAAAAUGGUUUUAAUGCUUUUGAGUAAGUUGGUUGUUAGAAUGGCGUUAUAGAAAUAAAAAAAAACAUUGUUAUUUCUUUUUUUUGGUCCUGAAAAGACUCACACUUGGCCACGCUGAAUGAAUUUCAACUGGUGCGCAUAACUAACACAAAACUUAAACAGUUCAUGUCUGAUCACUUUUUAAAUAGGGUAAUCUGCAUUAGUUUAAGCUUGGCUUUUAUAUCAAAACUCUUGCUGCUUUUUAAAAUCCAACUUUGAAUAUAACGUUUUUUUUUUUAUGGAAGCCCAUUUCUGCCACAUAAGGAACAAAUCCUACAGUGAAUAAUCAUAUCUAUGACAGAAAAAGACAAACCUGUGACAUGAAAGUCAAAAUUAUGAGAUAAAGUCAUAAUUACAUCAAAGGUGAAAUUAAAACAAAAGAAUAGGUUUACAUUUUGUAUUUGUAUUACAUUUUUGUAUGUCAAAAUGAAUUUUUAUCUCAUCAUUUUGACUUUUUAUCAUAAGUUUUAAUGUUAUCUUUUUAUCUCAUAAUAAUGAUUUGCCAAAUCAUGUUUGUUUUUCUCUUCUUAUAUUUAGGAAAUUGGCUUCAAUGGGUUUUGGACAAUGGUAUCAUUUUUCCUCUCAUAAUGCAUUUUGCAUAGAUGAUGUGUAGAUUCUCUUUUUUUUUCUUCUUUUUUUUUUUACGAUCCAAUCUGCCAUAUCAAUAUCUGUCACUGACCUUCCUUGCAUCUGGAUUUAUCCUAUUUAGAUGUAGACCGUACUGCUUUCCACAGUGUGUAUAACUCACUGAUCCCAAAUAGUGUAAUGUGUAAGUGAAGACCUUAAACUAGAGUUGUAAAUAUGAAAUGAGUGUCAGCGUACAAACAUUGCUUACUGUAUAAUAAUUGACUAACUGAAACGGUCCUUAAGAUAUGUUAUAAUUAAAGAUUGUUGGAACUUUA